UGUUUGUUGCGCCGAAUUAUUCGUGCGGUAGAUGCUUUCCAGUGUGUGUUCACUCGUCCGCCCGGCACCGUCGUCUGUCACUUGACGUGUACCCAUCUGACGGUUGUUUUCCGGCACGCUAGUGAACUGGUGCACAAAAAUGUUUUGUACAAAUUGCGUGCUCAUUAUUGGCUACUUUGGAUUUGACUUGUUCGUUUAUUUUCGAGUGUGUUUUCGAUAUCUUUUUCAUCGGUAUAAUCAACACCAAAUAUCAAAUAUGGAAUCAGUCGACCCGAGCAAGACAGAUUUUGAGUUGAUGCGCGAAAGUAAAAAGCGCAAGCUACCGUGGUGGAAAACCCCGAACGCCCCGAUCAUAUGUAAGCGGAUUGUGAAGCACCUGCUGAGGCGCAUGUAUGCGGCCGCCCGAGCAGACAUCGAGCUGCGCAAGCAACACAAGCAGGUAACGAAGAAGUUGGCGCUGCUGAACGAAUUUCUGGACGCACUGCGGAAGCGCUACCUGCACCCAACCCUACUGGACAGGGGCGUACUGAGUGUGAUAGAGCUGUGGCUAAAGCCGGCUGCAAAUGGAGAGCUUACCAACAGCCAGAUAACGCGCGGCCUGCUGCGAUCGAUGCUCGAGCUGUCCGGCGUUACGCGCACGCAUUUGGAGCGGUGCAAGGUGGCUGAGGUUGUGUUUGCGCUGCAGAAUCGCCGGGAUGAAAUGCACGACAACCAGCGGAUGGCAAGCGAGCUAAUACAUCGGUGGGCACGGUUGCGCACUUCGAAAUGUUCGUUGGUGACACCAGGAAAGGCGCGCGCGCCCGAUAUUGAUGCCCGAACCGAACCGAAAGUUGCCCCACAAACUCGACAGCUUUCAUCAGUCACCCACGGACUUUUGUGCACGGAUAGUUAGUACUGCGUCGAUCCCUAGCGGGUAACCGUCAUUGCGCACUUGCCUCCUCCCCACACCAAAGCUCUAUCAUUCAUGCGCAAACUUUCUCAAUUUGAUACCGAAAGGAUGAAAAUAUCAAAGCAAAAUUUGGUGCGGUUUGAUGCGGCACUGCUGCCCUCGAUCCCAUGGAUCGAGAACGUCACUAAAGGAGGGCAAACCAGCGUACGAGCGUGCAUCAUGGAGCAUGGAAAAUGUAAUCAUAAAAGAUUAAGUGAAGCACAAACUUUGUCUCUUCAACCCGGGGCGAUGCUGCCGACAACCCAGCCCGACUUACCCAGCCCGCAUCCACAGGGUUCCGAUUCAAUCCGGGAAGCCGCCAUAAUCGUGUCAUACAGGUUAAAACGAUCGAUCGGCACUGAACCGGCACUGGCACGAUGAUGGUACGAUGCCUUCCUGUGGUCAGAGUUUUUUGUUAUUUUUUUUUGAAAUUCCACGCCACUCUUACCACAGAGGUUGUCCCAAUUGCCCAACUUCCAAUGUGUUGUGUGAGCCUCUUUCGAUGGCGCAUUACUGCUGUCAGCGACUGAAUAGCUUCAGUCGACGAAGACGUUGCUGGUGGGACACGUUUUUCUUGAACACUUGACCACCGGUGACGCCCCCUCCCAGGGGGAGAGAAUCUAGUUAAGGUUAACUUUUUUUUCUCACACUCACCCUCUGGGUCCAUUUGAUGUUCCCAAAAGACGCUGGAUGUCAGAAUUUGAUAAAUCGAGCAAAACUACCCUGUUGGGCGGCUACUGGCCCUGUUCAGGUAUUGAAAGGUGAGGAGUUUAUGGAGCCCACCCCUCCGUCUUACUAUUCUAUCGCUUCAGGCACGUCUCACCUAAAAUGUUCCUCGUUCUGAGGAUUUUGCAUCACACUAACACACGAAAUGAUGUCCAGUACAUCGUUAUCUUAUUUGCUGUCCUUUUGCCACCUUUUUUUUUUGGUUGUGGAGCGGGAUAUGGAACACACUGGAAUUGGAGGUUGGACGUCCUCGUGAUUGGAUUGUCAGUCGAUGGAAUGUUUCCCCUGCCAGGGUAUGCUGGACGUGCCGAAAGUGUUGGCCCAAAUUGGUUCCCAUCGUAGGGCGAGGUGUAGCCUAGCUUUGGUGCCGCCAACUCAACCACACGUAAGUGGACCAUGUAGAUGUAGCUGCUGUUGAUGUGUGUUGGUGUGUGAGAUUUGAAUUUUCAUCCUCCAUUAACUGAGCUAUAGGGGUGGAGUGACAGAACGGGUCAAGAAACGAGCCUCACUUCCUGAUAUAGUUUGUACAAGGGCAGCACUGCCAUAGCUUAAUGGGCCUACAGCAGGAUGAGUUCUUUUCGAUCUGCUUUCACUCUUGCAUCGGUUCGUUUUAUGCGGGUUGGCUUGACUUUUGGAGCUUUUCCUUUUCUUCUGUCGCUUGCCUACUACCUUGUCACUGGAUUAUAUGACAAUUAUGACGUAUGGUGUAAAUGCUCUGGGGAGGAAGACUCUUCCGCUGGGUCUUCAAGCAUUUUGGGGCUUUAAACAUUUACCUUAAAAUAAUCUAAGCAUUCUCGCGCUUGGUGCGAUAUUCUUGAUGAUUUGUCGGCGGCUCCAGAAGUAUGUAAUAAACAUAGUUUAAGGGUUCAUAGUCUUGUAUUACAAUAGUUUUAAGAGUUUUUUAAGUAAGCUUGUUUCGAUUUUAACUUGAAUCAGAAAAAUAAGUGAGCGAUGAGUUUUAAAGUAUUUUUAUAAUCUAGUAAGUCAUUAGAUUUGUUUGUACAUAUUUACAUAUA